UCCAAACUCAGAAGUCCUUCUCUUCCUCUCUGUGAUCAUGAAGCUCUUCUCUCCGCCAUUUCUGCUCCUUGCCCUCCUUCUGGCCGCCGCCCUGCGUGCACAGGCACAGCAGUGUGGUACACAGGCAGGAGGUGCCCUGUGUGCAGGCGGCCUGUGCUGCAGCCAGUGGGGAUACUGUGGCAGCACCAGCGCCUACUGUGGAACCGGGUGCCAGAGCCAGUGCCCUGGUGGGUCCACGGUGCCGCGAUGUGGGACUCAAGGAGGGGGUGCGGUCUGCGCUGGUGGCCUGUGUUGUAGCCAGUAUGGAUAUUGUGGCAGCACCAGCGACUACUGUGGCGCCAAUUGCCAGAGUCAAUGCAGCGGCAGCGGCAGCAGCGGCAGCGACUUGAGUAGCCUUAUUUCGGAGACGACCUUCAACCAGAUGCUGCUGCAUCGAAACGACGCGGCCUGCCCGGCCAAUGGCUUCUACACUUACAGUGCCUUCAUCACUGCUGCCAAAUCCUUCAGCGGCUUCGGCACCACCGGCGAUGACGCCACACGUAAAAGGGAAAUUGCUGCCUUCCUUGGUCAGACUUCACACGAAACAACAGGAGGAUGGGCAACCGCACCAGAUGGUCCUUACUCUUGGGGAUACUGCUAUAUCAAUGAGCAAGGCAACCCACCUAGCUACUGCGUUGCCAGUACUCAAUGGCCUUGCGCCUCUGGGAAGAAAUACUACGGCAGAGGACCCAUUCAAAUCUCAUACAACUAUAACUAUGGGCCUGCCGGACAGGCAAUAGGGUCUGAUUUGCUCAACAACCCAGAUGCAGUUGCUACAGACCCUGUAAUCGCAUUCAAGACUGCCAUGUGGUUCUGGAUGACCCCGCAAGCACCAAAGCCUUCGUCGCACGACGUCAUCACCGGGCAAUGGACCCCUUCGUCGGCGGACGUAGCUGCCGGCCGGCUUGCCGGCUACGGCGUCAUCACCAACAUCAUCAAUGGAGGCUUGGAGUGCGGCCACGGAACUGAUGCCAGGGUCGCCGAUCGGAUCGGGUUUUACAAGAGAUACUGCGACAUAUUCGGGGUGACUUAUGGCAACAACCUCGACUGCUACAGCCAGACGCCCUUCUAAGUGCCAUCACAGUUAAUGGACGUGGGAAGAAAUAAAAUCCAACAUCUGAUGUUUGCUUUUUAUUAGCAGUAUAUUCUAAAUAAAAGACUCAUGGAAGACCUCGAAUCCAACAUCCGUUGGUCGAUUUCCACAGCAGCAGUAUGUUCUAAAUAAAAUAAUGUUAUUUUCCUCUC